GCGAUAAGAGUGAGCACCACGUGCCCAGAGCGGAACACGAACCUCCAGUGCCAUCGAAAUGACCGGUGGUGAUUCGCGGGGCCGAUUUUACUCCGGGUGUCCGCUGAAAACAGCGAUGAGAACCUGGCCAAGUGGAUAUUUAUAAACAUCGUCAGAUGGCUCGGACCGUCACCUGCCUCCGGUAUUUUCUACUUGGCUACGUCAUCCUCCUCGGCGUUUCUGGCCUCAUCGUCUCCGUCGGAUCUGGGAUAUUUAUUUACCAGCUGAAACAGUACCGGCCUUUGACUCCCGACGAUGUCUGCGGGUCGUCGAUCACCCUUCUGGUCAUGGGUCUGGUCACCUGUCUCCUUGGAUGGGGGGGAUGGCACAUCGUCGACUCAACUCACAGGGUGCAAGUCAUUUGUUUUGCCACGGUUUUGGGCAUGGUCGCCUUCAUAGAAGCCGGCACCGGAAUAUGGGCUGUGAUUAAACACGAACAGAUUGAUCCUCUGCGUACUUCCGAUCACGAGACGGCCUUCGCCCUUGCUGCAACCGACGACAAAUCCACCUGGGAUCGAAUGCAAAUAAGGCUGCGCUGUUGCGGCAUCGAUGGACCCGCCGACUACAGGAUCCUGGACUCCGUUCCUUGGUCCUGCUGCGACACAUCCUUGGUGGAAAAUCCAGAAACCGUUGCCGGUGGCACUUGUACCACCAUGUAUUCCAGAGGAUGCUUACACUUGGUUGUUAACCGAACGCGUUCUAUUCUCCUCCACGUUUUUCUACUUGCACUUUGCUCCGUUCUCAUUCAGGUGUGCGGAGUGAUAUCCGCAUGUUUCUUCGCUCGAGCGAUAAAGAAGGGCGCUGCCAGAAGACGGCGAGAAAUCCUGUCGCUAAGCGAGGUUAGAAACUCCCAGAAUGCACUGGGGAUGCAAAAUGCCUCCGGUACAGGGGUGGAGUCAUCGUCUCAGCUGGUGGUCAAGCCCCGAGUACCGCCAAGACGAAAGAUGUAGUCUCUUUACGUAUAAAUUAUGAUAGUCAAUUAGCAUAUGGUUUAACCCUAUAGAUUACGCCUAGAUUUUAUUAUAAAAACAACAUGUAGAGCAACCGAACUGAAUUUUUUACUGCAUAUAAUAGUAGUUGCCUAUAUAUUCACCGACGUCACGGUUACAUGCAACUCAUAAUUGUGUGCUCAGGCUGUUGAGCAGACGAUAUUAUACAUUCAUUGUAGACAUAAGCCGUUUCAUCAAAUCCAA